AUGAGUGAGUUUGCCGAGGUCUUCCCUUCUGAUUUAUCGGGUAUGCCGCCCGACCGCGAAAUUGAUUUCUCUAUCAACUUGGAUCUGGGAACUCGUCCUAUUUCUAUUCCUCCUUAUAGGAUGGCGCCCGCUGAGUUGAGGGAGCUAAAGGAGCAGUUCCAAGAUCUGUUGAGUAAGAGCGAGGAGCAUACGCGUCAUUUGAGGAUUGUUCUUGGGUUGUUGAGGGAGAAGAGGCUUUAUGCCAAGUUUUCUAAGUGCAAGUUCUGGCUUGAGUCCUUGGCAUUCGUGGGCCACGUUGUGUCUAAGGAUAGGAUCAUGGUUGAUCCCACGAAAAUUGAGGCCGUUAGAGAUUGGUGGUCCAAUAAUUGUGGGGAGAGCUUUCAAAAGCUCAAGACCCUUUUGACUUCAGCCUCGAUUCUAGCAUUGCACAUCGUAGCGGUUCCAGGCAGAGUCUUAGCUUGUGUUGAGUUGAGAUCGUCCCUAUUAGAGCAGAUCAGGGCUCAUCAGCUUGAGGAUGCUCAGUUGUGUAAGAUUCGAGAUAAGGUUCUGAUGAGUGAGGCCAAGGAGGCCAUUCUUGAUAGUGUGUGCAUUCUGAGGAUCAAGGGAUGUGUGUGCGUUCCUCAUGUUGGUGAUUUGAUUCAUUUGAUCUUGACUGAGGCCCAUAGUUUAAUAUUUGUUGAGAGAGUCUGUGGACAGAAAAUGUAUGCGGACCGGAAGGUUCGAGAUUUAGAGUUUGGUAUGGGCAAGCAGGUGCUUCUAAAGAUCUCACCCAUGAAGGGUGUUAUGCAAUCUAGGAAGAGGGGCAAGUUGAGUCCAAGGAAUCUUGGCCCCUCUGAGAUUCUUCGUAGAGUUGGUGACAUUGCUUAUGAGUUGGCCUUGCCACUAGGCUUGUCCGGUGUUCAUCCGAUCUUUCAUGUGUCAAUGUUGACGAAAUACCAUUCUGAUGGUACUUACAUUGUCCGUUGGGAUUUAGUGUUGCUCGAUGAGAAUCUGACCUUUGAGGAGGAGCCGAUAGCGAUCUUGGAUAGGCAGGUUCAGAAGUUGUGGUCCAAAGAGAUUGCUUCUAUGAAGGUUCAAUGGAAGCACCGUCCUAUUGAGGAGGCUACUUGGGAGACCGGGUCUGAUAUGCACGAGAGAUAUCCCCAGUUGUUCGCUGAUUCAUGUACUUUUUCCCCGUUCCACUUCCUUGACACUGGAGGAUGA